UGAUACAUGCUCAACAGAUACUACUCACGCCAUAAGCCAACCAACAAGGAGCACCGCUGUUCCAACGAUGUCACUACCAGCUAUGAUGUCGCAAACAGAGCCAUGUUCGCCUCUCGUCCGUACUUUGUAACGGCAGCGACAGCCACCAACACGGGGCGGUCCACCACGAUCGGCCUGGCGCUUCGAGUGCCGAAAGUCUCUUCUGACUCUUUGCCAGCGAAUGGAUGACUUGCCCCUUGGCACAUGUCACUGGAACUUCU